AUGCGAAGCUACGCAGUCGCAUGGAUUGACCCUGACCGCAAACUUUCCACUAGGGUGGAUUCCCAUGGUGGGGUUAAUCCAACAUGGAAUGACAAAUUUGUCUUUCGCGUCGACGAAGAUUUCUUGUAUGACGAAGAGGCUGUAAUAACAAUAGACAUCUACGCUAUACAUUGGUUUAAAGAUAUUCACGUAGGCACCGCCCACGUGCUAGCAGCUGAACAUAUGCCACCUCCCACCACCACUCGUCCGUACCAUAACACCCACAAAAAUGCGGGUAUGCAGUUUGUAGGGCUGCAAGUUCAUCGACCCUCGGGUCGCCCCAAAGGAAUAUUAAACGUUGGUGUGGCGGUUCUUGAUAGCACAAUGAGGAGCAUGCCUCUCUACAACCCCACAGCUGUUGGAUACCACCAUGAUGACAUGGACAUUGAUCAGCUCAACCUUCAACAAGACCCUACGAAACCCAAGCCUGAGCUUCGGCGCACGAAGAGCGACACAAGCUCGAUGAUUGGGCCGGAAGCCGUGGCUCACGAGAAGCGAACCAAGGUUAAAAAGGGGAAAGCGAGUUCCGUGGUCACGGCAUCUGAGGUAAGCCUCAAGAGUAAGAAAAAGGGUGGCUCUACUUUGAGUGGAUCGGAUGUUAGGCCCAAGUCAAGGAAGGGUAAAUCUGAGAAAGUGAAAAAAGCUAGCAAGCUUCAACGUUCUCCUGAACCCAACAUCACAAACAAUAACUACAUUGGCACCCCGCAAAGGAAGGGUGCUGGAUAUGAAGUUAAUCAAUCACCAAAUCCGCAAUAUUGGAAUUCUCCCGCUAUGGCUUAUAAUAAUAUCAACAGAGGUGGCGUCCGAGCCACUCCAUUGCAUGGAGCCACCCCAUUGCAUGCAUAUGCAGCAAUGAAUGCAGCAAUGGAAUACGGUACCCCGUACAGAUCCGAUUUGGGCCGGCCCAUGAUGACAGACUCAGAAUUGGGCCCAUCAGCCUCUGAGGUUGCGGCAGCCGUUGCGAGACAGCCGGUGGAGGAGGGGGACACUUCUACAGUUGGAGGGUGGAGCUUGGACGAAAGCGUUGAGGGGUUGAAGCCGAGGGUGGAGAGGUGGCGGACGGAGUUACCGACAGUGUACGACAACGGUGGAGACAUUACUUCGACCCACUUCACAAAGUCCAAGAAAGACAACCAUUCACGUAGACACACAGAUGUAUCGGGUUCGGCAAUAAUGAUAUCGCCCAACAUGGUUUUUGACCCAAUGUGGAGACAGGGUAUGUUUGUUAUACCCUUCAUGACUCGUUUAGGAAUAACCAAUUCGUGGGGCGGUUGGAGUAUCACAGGAGGUAGCGCAAAGAGUUAA